UUUUUUACAAAAGUCGAUUAAAGGAGUACCAAUCAAAGGCCACCUUUAUACAAUCCGUUUACCGAUUGGUACAUUUCAAAUGACACCGUUGAUUAUAACUCGUUUCCAAGAAUAUCUCUAUUUCAUGUAAACUGUAACGUUUAUUGAUGAUAAUCAUUUUUACAUACAUGUGUCAAAAAACUAUUUGGAGGAUUAUUUGAUUAUUUUUAAAACGACAGACAUCUUAUACAAAAUGUUACGAUUAUAUUCUUGUAGGCGUUCAAAGUUGUCCAAUUAACAAGUCGAGUAAUGAUAAACAGAGGCCGCAGGCAUUUCUAAAUAACGUGCGUUCAAAGGCAAGCACUUCAAUGCUGCACCCAGCUACAUCUCCGCGCAUUUGUAAGUGGCCGUUUAAAAAAAAAAAAAAGCAACCAGAAAUGAAGAAUUAUUCUUAAGCUUCGCAAAAUUGCUAUCAUUUUCGGGAUGGUCGCACAUAAAAUAAUAUUCUCUUAUUGGUAUGUAUUAUAAAAUUUUUACAGUGAAUUGUAAUCGACAAGUGCGAUUGAUCGAUGCACCGUGCGCAACGAUGUGCGACAAUAUUCGUAAUGAAAGCAGCAGUUGGGUGACAGUACGUUAAGCAAACGCGAAGAAGAUCAUUUUCUUUCUAUUUCCUUGUUAUGCAAAUUUGGUGGCAAUUGAAAAAAUAUAAACAGAGAUCUGAUGCCGCUUUAAAUAAUUCUUGAACGACGACAUCCGGUUUGUAAACUUCGCAUACUUUUCGGCACGGAACAGUGUGCAGUGCCAGUCCGAUGAAGACAGAACGAAGAAAGUAAAGGAAUUUUUGUGAAUACGAGAGAAACGAAUCAUGGUAAGAUUUAAAAGAGAGGGUGUACAAAUUAAGAGGACGGAUGCGCAUACAAACCGGAGAAAUUGAAAGGCCCGAAGUAAACGCACAUUUUAUUAAAUAAUAACACAAAAUGGAUGAGUGUAUGCUAAACGAUUUGUUGGAAUGUUCGGUGUGCUUAGAACGACUUGAUACUUCUAGUAAAGUAUUGCCUUGUCAGCACACUUUUUGUAAAAAAUGUUUAGAAGAAAUUGUGAGUACGCACAGAGAACUACGGUGCCCUGAGUGUAGAGUGCUGGUCGAUGUUAAAGUCGACGACUUGCCACCAAAUGUAUUACUUAUGCGUAUUCUGGAAGGAAUGCGCAAUGCUGCACCUAAGAAUAUAAAAACUGUUUCUCGAAAUAAUCCAGGCCCACAGCGGCUAUUUGGUGGUCAUCAAGUUGCUCCAGCUCCUAUCGUAACCACGAAUAUCACAUCUGUUACGCACACUACCGAAGUAGUACGUCAUGCUAAUGCAGCAGCUAAGCAGGUACACUUACACAAUCAGGCAUAUGGCCGGGCCAUAUAUGAUUAUGUGUCUAAAGUACCUGGUGAUUUAAGUUUUAAGAAAGGUGACAUUGUUGUUCUUCGUAAAAAAAUUGAUAAUAAUUGGUAUUUUGGAGAGUGCGGUACUAGUCAUGGCGUUUUUCCAUUAUCCUAUGUUCAGGUGAUGACUCCACUGCCACCACAUGUACCACAAUGUAAAGCUUUAUAUGAUUUUAGAAUGACCACCGACGAUGAAGAUGGCUGUCUUACAUUUAAUAAGGGAGAAGUUAUUAGCGUUAUUAGAAGGGUAGAUGAAAAUUGGGCAGAAGGAAAACUUUUAGAUAGAAUAGGUAUUUUUCCUUUAGCCUUUGUAGAACUUAAUAGCGUUGCUAGAGCUUUAAUGAAGUUGUCAACAAAUGUACAACCAGGCCCUUCGCGAAUAGCACCACCUACUCCUACCAACGAAGAAACUACUCCUUUAAUACCAACUGAUCACUCGCGCAAUAUUCAAACAACGAGUCAACCUCAUUCGCAGUUAACACAGACUACAACAUUACCAGUGUCAGAUUCUAGCUCAACUGUAUCUUCUGGAGGUAGUUCUACUACAACUACUCCAAACACACCUAAUAGCUCGAGUACUUCCAGCAGUUCUAGUACUGCUCCUAGCAGUCCUAGUAGUCCUGCUACUUCUCCUUCAGCAGUUGGAAAUAGACACAAUGUCAAACGUCAUAGCUUUACUGCCAUGAAUACUGGUCAUCAUGCACAUUCCCAUCAUCGACAUAGUGCUGAAAUACUUAGUCCAGCUGUAGACAGUGGCCUUAACAGUGGAAAUAAUAGUUCUGCCAAUGAAUCCCCAUCUGUACAGGCAUUAGGUAAUAGUACAGAUCAAAGCUUUCGGCACAGACGAAGUGGUAGCAGUGAUCUAGUCCUUGCUCAAUCAUCACAAAAUUUACCCAGUAACUCUAAUAAUGGUAGCCAUUUACCAGCUGCUUAUGUUGCUUUGUAUCCGUAUAAACCACAAAAAGCAGAUGAACUUGAGUUGAGGAAAGGAGGUAUUUAUAUGGUAACGGAACGUUGUCAAGAUGGUUGGUUCAAAGGAACAUCUAAUCGUACACAAAAAUGUGGAGUUUUUCCUGGAAAUUAUGUCGCCCCAGCAAAAUGCCAACGUGGCUUAUGCAGAGGAACAUCAAAUACUACACAACAUCAAAAUUCUCCAUUGACAACUGGUCAGGGCAAUAAUGAAUCGCGAUUAACUGUUACUUAUACCAAAAACAAAGGGCCUGCACCUCAACCUUACAAUAUAAGAACAUUACCACCCCCUGCAUUGCCACCUCGUGCUAUUAAUCCAGUUCCACCUGUAUCGUCUUCGCGACUGAAUCAAAGCCAAGGCAUAACUCAAGAAAAUAGUCCUCCCAGACACAAUGAACAAACCUCUGUUAUAACGCCUCUAGGUCGUAGUCACAGUGCAGUGAUGACUUCAAAUUUACCUUCUCCCGGUAAACAAGUAUUGUUACAACCUGCUUUAACAACAUCAACAACAGCUGCUAUUGGCAGUAUUACCAAUAACAACAGUACAGCUGUAAAUGCUACUGCUGCUGCUAUUUCUACUAUACCCGACAGAAGCAAAAGUCCAAAUAAUAUUUUACAUACAGCAAGUGUCUCUGCUCCUACUUCAAGUACUUCUGUUACUUCAAAUAAAACUGGUGAAAAGUCGAAGGAAAAGAAAGACAAAUGUGUUUCUUUGAUGCGUCGUUUAACUAAUAUAAAAAAAUCUAAAUCACCUCCACCAGCUACUUAUUCAAUGGAUAAUCCUGUAUUUGAGGAUGGUAAUGCCAUGAAUCCAAUGCAUGUUAGAUCGGGAUCUUGUCCAAGUCAGUUGCUACAGGUGGCACCCACGCAGGAAUUAAAUGCUUCGAACAGUCUUCAUCGCAUGUGUCCAGGUUCUGUGCAAGGGCACGUCACGUCCUCACAGAGACUAAAGUUCAAGGAGAGACCCUCUUUACAGGUCUCAGUUUUCGAGAGAUCGAGCGAUACAAGCGGAGUAGUAAUGCCUACAACCGUAGCUGGUAAUCAUCAUCGUAAAAGUAAUUCUUUGGAUACUGGUAUAGGUAAACAAGUGAAACAACAACCUUCGCGUGAACGUGAACGAGUAUAUAGAUUUCGCUGCAUAGUUCCAUAUCCACCUAAUAGCGAAUUUGAACUAGAACUACGAGUAGGUGAUAUAAUUUAUGUACAUAAAAAACGUGAUGAUGGAUGGUAUAAAGGGACGCAACAACGUACUGGACGCACCGGUCUUUUUCCCGCAAGUUUUGUGGAAGCUUUCUGAGAACCAGCUCAAGGUCGACUGGUGUUGGAAACAUGUAUAUAAUUAGCAUAGUAUAAUAUAGCGAAAAAAUACUAAGUCAUGACAAAAGUAAGAAUUCACAAAUAAUUUCUUAAUGAAUUAUCAAAAACUGUCAAUAUCGCAUAACAAAUUAAUGCUCCAAUUAAGAUGGACACGAUCAUAAUCAGUCAAAGGAAUCCCGUAUAUUAUGUAUUACACGUGUAAAAUGUGCUUACAGUUUAUAUACUAUUUAUAUGAGAUAGGAGACAGCAUAAUGUACAUAAAUACGCUGAUACGUUGACUUAUACUGCCAUUGAUAACAUAGUAAGUACAGGGAUGACUAGGUAAUAACACACGUUUUGUGCAAUGUUUAUACUGCCACUUAAAAGUGACUGUUGUAAAGAAAUAUUUUUUGCUAAUGUUGUUUUAAUGCUUUCUGUUUCAUUAAUUCAAUAACGCUGCCAUUAUAAGUAAUGUAUAUAAAUAUUAUAUACAUAUAUAUACAUAUAUAUUCGAAUUGUUACGGGUAUAUGUAACAUAUUUAUAUUACCAGUACAUAAAAAUAGCAAUAGCAUUAGUUAAAAAUCAUUAUUUGAAAAUUUGAAUUUAUCUUAACAAUUCGUAAUAUUUACAUAUCAUCGAUAAUCUCAUAGAUAUUUUUUAAUAUGAAAAUAACUUGUUCUUUUUUUUUCUUUUUUUUUCUUUUUUUUUCUUUUUUUCUUUUAUUAACAGUAUUAUUAAGUCAAUUCAAGGUGGUACAGAAGCAGCAAUUUCAAACUAAUGUUACUGUAUCCUAUAUAAUGUUUUCUGCUAUAUAUAUAUAUAUAUAUAUAUAUAUAUAUAUAUAUAUAUAUAUAUAUAUAUAUAUAUAUAUGAAAAAUUACUCAUGCUACUGCUAAUUAUUUCAAAAGUUUAUAGUACACUAACUAUCUUUUGGUAUAAAUUUAUGACCUCUUUUAUAGAUCUUCAUGUACCAAAUACAUAUAUACGUAUGUAUCUGUUAUAUACGAAUCAGUUUAAUCUUCAAAAUAUGAUAACAUUAGAGAAUAUAUAUCUAGAGAAUACAAAAUUGAAGGUAAUGUAAAUAAUAAAAUCGUUCUCGUAACACACAGAAUGAUUAUAUAAGAUAUAUCGCAAAAUGAAUGCUUAAGACAUCUCAAUCGAUUAGUAUACACAGGUUUAUAAUACAUUGAUUACUUUCUUAGAUGAAAUAAUCAUGAAUAGACAUCUAAAAUCUUAAGUAUAACUAUAUUCAUAGAAGAACUACUUGUGUUCAAGUGUAUCAUUCUAAACUUAAUCAGUUUGAUUAGCAUUGGAGGAAAAUGCUGGGCUGUACUAUAAUUACAAAUAAUAAUAUCCUUUAUCCUUAUUGCGCAUAUAUAUUUGUGCAGAAAAAAUGAUAGAAUUUUGUAAUAGUGGACUAUUUCUCACAUAAUAGUUCUUCAACUAAAUAAUAUAUAUUUAAAAUUAUAUUAUGCAAUAUAUUUAUAGGGAGUAUUUUAUACGAAAUCAAUUUAAACGGUAUGCUUAGGGGCAGCAUAAAAAGAGGAGAGAGAUAUCUUAUCAUCGGUUAAAUAUUCAUGCUACAAAUUAGAUAAUUCGUGCUACAAAGUCCAACAUUUAAUACAGCAAUAACAUGUCAUAUUUAAUGGCACAAAAGUAAAUCCUUCAUUAUAUUGUGAAUUUGACCUCUAAUGCUAUAUCAAUGAAUAAAUAUAAUCAUCCAUAUACUCGAUAUACAAGGCACCAAUAUAAAUAAAACUAAUGCGAACGUAUUUAGGAAUAUAAUUACUGUAAAUAUAAAAUAUAUAAAAUUCCAUGAUAUAUAUUGCAAUAAGAUAUCGUAAUUUUAGAACUUUUUUAACAUUUUUUUCUUUUUUAUUAAUUUAUUAAAUCACGAAGCAACGCUCCAUGAUAUUUGUUAUAAAGAAAAAUUAAAUCGACUGCACAUGAUUUAUAGUUGGUGCAAUCUGUUAAAUACUUUAUUAGCGAUUUAAUAAUAUUUAACGAUUUAAUAAUAUUUCGUACGUCAAAUUGAAUUUUGGAGCUUUGUAAAAAUUGUAAUUUUAAUAUAUAUGUUAAAUUUGUUUAAGUUAUAAUAAUUUACAAUGUUUCUUCAGGACUGCAAAUGGGACACAUUAAUUAAUUAUUCGAUAUAAAUCAGUACGAAAUAUUUCUGUCAUUAGUAUAUAAUAAUCCAUAAAAUUUAUCUUGAUGUUGUGUCCACAGUGUAAUUUACGUAUCUACAAUUAUACGAAUAUUUAAAUGAUAUUUAAAUAAUCGAUAUAUAAGAGCUGUAAUAAAACAAUGAAUGCCUAUCACCAAUUUUUAUGUAUGUGUAUAUAUAUAUAUCGUUUUUCAUUUACUUUGUGUUAUUUAAAAAAAUAGCACGUCCGAUAAUAUAUUUCAAUGUAUACUAAAAGCAUAGUAUUCUUGAAAUAGAAAUAAAGAGCCAAGACGAAUGAUGCAUUGCAGUUUAGCUCAUUCAUGCGGUCUUCGGAAGACCGUGCUCGAUACGAAGCGCAAUUGCACAGACUGUACAAUUUGAAAUGAGAUACUUGCGGUGCUAACCAUUUAAAAAUUGGUAACAUACUAUCGCCUAGGAGAUAAAUAUAUCGUUUCAAAUAUCGUCAUAUUAAUGAUAUUAUAUAAUAAAUUUAUAUUUGCAAAUUAUCCAUGAUGAUAAGAACAUUGGUUAUUCGUGCCAAUGCCGUAGAUGAAAUAAAGCUCGCGACGAAAUGAAGUUUAUUAACGAACAAUGAACAUUUUAUCGUCUUAAAUGUUUCUCGCGUUACGAAAGCGUGAUAAACGAUUAAUUCAUCAUUCAUGUAUCAAUGAAGGUCAUUGGAUACAAAGAAAACAUUCAACAAAACCCGAUAAAAUUAUUGAUAUUUACUUUAUAGAUUUCGUCCAAAUUGCGUCGAGGUUGCUGCAUUUCUCAAACAUUGGGACAUAGUAACAAGGAGUAAAAGUUAAAAAAAUAAUUGGGGAAACGUUAUGUUGGCAAUUUUACUUUCACACUUUGUUAAUCACGAGUGUUGUAUGCUAGUUAAAACUACGUUCACGCAAGAGAGAUAGAAAUGUGAUAAAAUUUGCAAAAAAAAAUAAAGUAUAUCGGGUAUCAAAGGUAAAGAUCGGAUUGAAACAUUUAAUAUCCGUUUAGAAUAGAUCUUUGAUGGAAAAUAAUAAUCUCUUAUUUUAUUAAUAUAUCAAGCGAUAGUCCGUUGACAUAGGAGCAUGCGCGAUUCUGUUUGUAGCUUAUGUAUCGUGCAGUUAAUUAUACAGUGCGUAUGUACUGACACGCAACUAUAGACGUAAUAUCCAUAUAGCUACAAUCAUUUUUAGUAUGCGUCGAAGUCUCGUCGAAGGCAGUCUGCUCUAAUGCUUCUUCGUCGACUGAGUUGCAUCUCGUAAGUUUAAUCUCAAAUUACGCAGAGCAUCUUUAUCCAACGUCUUCUUUCUUAUUUUUACAAUUUGGUAUUUUAAAUCGAUCACUUUUUUUCAUCUCGAUGUGGCACACACCAAAUUUUCCAAAUUUUUUAUUUACUGUCUGAUUUGUUUUUAUUAUUAUUAUUAUUAUUAUUAUUAUUAUUAUUAUUAUUAUUAUUAUUAUUAUUAUUACUACUACUCUACUACUACUACUAUUAUUGUUAUUAUUAUUAUUUUUCGUGUAUAGUUCGAUCGCAGUUAAAAUACGAUCUUUAAAAUAAAUUACGUUCCUUCGUAUAGGCAGGUAUGUAGGUUGAUUUUAAUUUGAAUUGGCUUGUGGAUCGAAUCAGCAACGAUUUACAAGGAUAUGACGAACUUAAUGAUAACUGUUGAACGUAUCAUUGGCUGUUUACACAACAACGUAACUUUUCUUCAA